AUGGUCCCCCCCACACUAAGGGAAGGCAGAUGGGCAAUCCAGAGCAUGCUAUGGGUAAGGAAGGACGUGGAAGCGGAGCAAGUGCCAAUAGAAUCCCCGGAUCUAACAGCGGCGAUCGUCCGACUCCCCGAGCGAUUGAUUUUUAUGGCAUCAGUCUAUGUAGAAGGAGGAGAUGCCCAAGCCUUGCGUGACACGUGCAGUAGCUUACGCAAGGCAAUCACCAAGGUAAGGCGAGAUACGGGCGCAGUGGUGGAGGUUCUGAUCGUGGGAGACUUCAACCGACAUGAUCAACUUUGGGGAGGAGACAACGUGUCUUUGGAGAGACAGGGCGAAGUGGAUCCAAUCAUUGACCUUAUGAAUGAAUUUUCUCUCAGCAGUCUACUAAAACGAGGUACAAAGACAUGGCAGGGGGGAGGACAGGGUGGAGACUACGAGUCAACUAUCGACCUCGUCCUUGCCUCGGAGAAUCUGGCGGGUUCCAUGGUCAAGUGUGCAAUACAUGGGACAGAGCACGGCUCCGACCAUCGCGCAAUCGAGACCGUGUUUGACGUUCUGGUUCCGGGUUCCAAACAGCAGGAGCGACUGCUGUUCAAAAAUGCACCAUGGAAGGAUAUCAAUGCAAGAAUUGCAGGAAGCCUGAACAGCACUCCGGUGAAUGGUACGGUGCAGCAGAGAACCAACCGACUGAUGACCGCGGUGUUGGAGGCGGUGCAUGCCUUGACCCCAAAGGCUAGACCGUCACCUUACGCAAAGAGGUGGUGGACCACGGACUUGACACAACUCCGCUAUUUCUACACAUACUGGAGAAAUCACGCCCGCUCGGAGCGACGGGCAGGACGAGUCACAUCACACCUGGAAGAGACAGCUAAAAAUGCAGCGAAGCAAUACCACAAUGCCAUCCGUCAACAAAAGAAGAACCACUGGAAGGAGUUCCUUGCAGACAACAAUAAUAUAUGGAAGGCCGCCAAGUACCUGAAGACUGGAGACGAUACAGCAUUCGGGAAGGUACCACAGCUCAUCCGUGCAGAUGGAACCACCACUACCGAUCACAAGGAACAAGCAGAAGAGCUUUUGGCUAAAUUCUUUCCCCCUCUACCAGACGACAUUGAGGAGGAAGGAUCCAGGCCGCAAAGAGCACCUGUGGAGAUGCCUGCCAUCACCAUGGAGGAAGUAGAGCGACAACUAUUCAAAGCAAAAUCAUGGAAGGCACCCGGAGAAGACGGCCUACCGGUGAUAGUUUGGAAGAUGACCUGGCCCGUGGUUAAACACAGGAUUCUCGACCUGUUCCAGGCGUCGCUCGAAACCAAGUCAGUGGAGACAUGCAAAAAUCAUACCACUCAAGAAACCGAACAAAGAGGACUACACCAUUGCGAAAGCUUGGAGGCCGAUUUCACUUCUCGCGACACUGGGCAAGGUCUUAGAAUCAGUGGUGGCAGAAAGGAUCUCACGCAGUGGAAACAUAUGGCCUACUCCCAACCAGUCACUUUGGAGCCCGAAAACAGCGAUCAGCGGAACAGGCACUCCUGCUCCUGCAAGAGCAAAUCUACACGGCCUGGCGUGGCCGUCGGGUCCUGA